AUGAGCAGCCCCAUCAAAGCUUUGUUAGGCUACCUAGCCGAGUCUGAAGACUGGGACUAUGUAAAGCCUUUCGAGAUCAAGGGAAGACGAGCCCCAGGUCAGCCCAGAAGCAACAUCAAGCUGGCAUCAUACGAUGUCGAGAUCACAGACGUCCGAGGUCUAACAUGGACGCCGACCAUUGAAACAUGUGGGUUCCAAUGGGUCCAUCAUGCUACUUCAGAAAGGUUCGAAAGCCAUGCCAGCAUUGCUAGCUACGUCAAGGAAAUGGAAGUUUUCGUGAAAGACCUCUUGUCAGCAGAUUGCAUCUUCACUCUGGAGUACAUGAUUCGGAAGAGAACCAUGGAUCCAAACGAUCCUUCUAUCCGACCUCCCAGCAACUUUGUCCAUGUAGAUGUCUCGCCCGAGGGCGCGGAGAAAAGGCUUCUGCAUCGGCAUCCUGAAAGUUCUCAGAUGCUCUGCGAAAAACGGUAUCGCUACCUCAGGUUCGACUUCUUUUAA